CCCGUCGACGGUGCCCAGCAUCACAACGCGCUGUUCCACGCACACGGCACACGUACGCAACACACGAAGAACGUGGUUCAUCAACUUCGACGCAAGAACUCAUCCGCCGACAUGUCUCUCGGGUUUUCCGUACUACUACUAGCAGCGUGCAGCGCAGCACUGGUCACCGGUUCGCCCGUAUACGCGCCGGCGCCAUACGCGCUGUACUCGCCCGCGCCCGCGUACGUCAACUACGCGGUGGCGGCGAAGUCGUACGACGCAGACUACGACCCGAACCCGUCGUACUCGUACGCGUACGACGUGCACGACCAGCUGACCGGCGACUCGAAGAGCCAGCACGAGAGCAGGCACGGCGACGUGGUGCACGGAUCGUACAGCCUGGUCGACCCGGACGGCACCAAGCGCACCGUCGACUACACCGCGGACCCGCACAACGGUUUCAACGCGGUCGUCACCAAGGAGCCGUUGGUCAAGGCCUACGCGCCGGCCGCGUACCCGGUGGUCAAGGCGUACGCGCCACCCGAAGCCGUCCACGGUUACGCGCCCGUCUACACCGCGGUCAAGGCGUACGCCGCCCAGCCGUCGUACCGCUCGUACCCGUUCUACCGUUGAGAUCUCUCGGCCGACGCGUCGCCGCAACACGUAGCCCUACGCUUACACCGCCUUCGCGCGUACAAGAAAUGCAUACACACACUCCCGACCCCGGUGUACCGUAAUCACGUACCAUAACUACGCGUGUUUCACGUACACUUUUUUUUUCUUCUACCAUUUUUUUUUUUUUUUUUUUUUGUAACAAUUCGCUCGUCAUUAAGUAUUUUCAACGCUAUCGAUUUGUAUUAUUCUUACAUUUAAUCUACGGUUUUUUAUUUA